GUAUUAUGUCUUGGUUUGAAUAAUUUUGCACCUUCGUUUUUAUAUUUUCUGUGGUUCUUUUCCAUUUUAAUUUCUGCUUUUCUUCUUUGCCAGCCUCAACGUGUGCCACUUUUAAUUUAGCUAGCCCGACCUUCCUUUGUAGACCUUCAAACAUCUUCCAAAUUGAUACAUGAUGACCACCAACUUGCUUUUGAAGGCCAUUAUGCCAUCCUUCCAAACCAUUAUUGGUACGACCUAGUCCAUGUAUGGCAGCUUCAUAGAGAUUCCACAAUUUUAGUUGAAAUAUGAUUUCAACUUGAUCACUAACACAUUGUAACUUUAAAAACACAUUCCAAUCGGUUAUUACAGUUCGACUGUUAGACGAUAGUAUCGUUAUGACAUUAUCGGACAAAUAAUAACAUUUUAAUCGAAAAUACAAUUAAUGAUUAAACCCGUGACCACACAAUCCUCACCAAUAAAUUAUUUAUUUAUUUUUUUAAUAAAAUACAAAAUGUACAAAAUUGUGUAGCAAAAUAUGUACAAUAAGCAAAUAGGAAAAGUGAUGGAGAAUAGUUGUUGGUUAGGAACUUAUUGACGUAUUAAAUUACAAACAAACUCUAUGUUACGUAUAUUUAAAUAUAUGUGUUUAAUGUAAUUUCGCCGAUAUAUUCGUUCGCCGAUACAUCCAUUCGCCAAUAUACCCGUUCGCCGAUGCAUCCAUUCACCAAUAUACCCAAUCGCCGAAAAAGUUUCGCCGUAAUCUCUUUCGCUGAGAUGUCCUAAAACCCCAAGCGUUUCGUUAAUGAAGUGACAGAGAUCGCGAGAAGAGUUCAAGAUUUACUUAAAACAAAUAAAUCCUACAUAAUGACAGAAGAAGAGCAAAUAGUACAUGUUCGAAAAGUACAUGCAAUCUAUGUGAAUGUAAUUUUUAUAUCAAAAACCAAAAGGUGGCAGACCAUCUAUCGUGAAAAUUUAGGCAAACUUUAUGCAAUACUUGCAACCUGAAACUCCAAAAACCUAACUUUUUACCGUGCUUUCUACAUAAUUUGUCUAAUUACGAUGCACAUUUCAUAGUAACCGAUCUCGGAAAAGACACUAAAUCAAUCUCAAUGAUUUCGAACAGCGAAGAAAAAUUCAUUUCAUUUUCAAAACACGUUACCAAUAACUUUUCAAUUCGAUUCAUAGACUCUUGUCAAUUCAUGGCAUAAAUAGAUAAUGAUUCAGUUAGGUUAAUGUGUAUUGCGGGUUGCAUAUAUUAAGUAAUUUAUACAAGUUUUGGAGGUGCAUGUACUACGAAUUGCCCAUACAGAGGUGCCUAUGCUUUUACAUGUACAAUUUAAGGGGAGGUGCUGCUGAACCUACAUAUUUAUACUACUUAUAUAGUUAUAUAUUAUAAUUUAUAUGUAUACUGUCUAUACACUAACGCUAACGAGAAAACGCUUCUGGGCGGCGGCCAAAAUUCGUCCGAUCUCGCGCAUUCCCACCACUAAACCUACCCGAACGCUGGCCGCCGUCGACUCUGGCUGCCGCCUCUGUCUCCGCCGCCGCCACCGUCGCUGGCACUUCCACCGAUGGCCACCGGUUAUGCGUAGCGAGUGGGGGAAUUUACGGCGAUGGCUAGAUGGUAUAGUGGGAGAAAUAUGGGUAUGAAAUCGCGGAGCUCCGUCGUUUGGAUGCGCAAACGAGAAGCGUUUUCUUGAUGGCGUUAAUAUUAUAGUCCAUUAUCUACAAAUGUUAAUAUUGGAUCACCAGUUGCUCCAUGUGCUCCAUUCAGGACUACUAAUCCGGUUCUGGCUAUGAAGAAUCAAGUUCAACAACAACAACAACAACAGCAACAGCAACAACACCAACAAAAACAAGCUGGUCAGGCAGUCCAACAUGCUGUAGCUCAACAACAGCAGCAGCAAGCCCAACAGCAAGCACAACAGCAACAAGCUGCUCUACGAAUUAUGAACCAACAGCAGCAACAAAAUGGACCUGACAGACAAACUAUUUGGUCGGGAACAUUAGAAUGGAUAGAAAAUGUCAAGUCUUUAAAUAAAAUACCAAAGAUAACGAGAAAUGUCCCUUGUAUUGUUUCAGCCAAUAUCAAAAAUGGAGAACUGGAACUGAAAGCAGAAACAUGGCCUAAUAAACUAAUUAUGCAAUUUAUUCACAAGAAUUCAAUAGGAAUUAUUGGAGUUGCUCAUCUUAAAGACUCAAAAUCUUUGUUUUUUCAACCUACACCGUGUGAAGCAUUGGAGUCUUUGACCAAGUACAUGACUAGUGGAUAUGUUGGCUGUGUACAUUUUAAUAGUGCUCUAACUUCUCAUAAUUGUGAUGUCAAAGUAUUGAUUUUGCUUUAUACACACGAUAGAAAAGCAUUUGUUGGUUUUAUUCCGAAUGAUCAAGCAGCAUUUUUAGAUAGAUUAUGCGAGAUUAAACAACAUAAGAAAGCUUCGUCAGCCAUAUUACGUCAAGGUCAGUCUUCUCAGGUUACGACGACCAUAUCGGCAACGAUGACGACGAACACUUCAGCAACGACUACGAUGGACAAUUCGGCAAUGAUGACUACGACGAACACAAUAACUACCGCGACCAAUAAUUAUACAGAUGACCCGCCGAAGCUGUCAACGUGCAACAUAGACAAAUCGUUAACUAAUCUGACAUCUUCUAAAGACAUUCCGGAUGCGGCGAUUCGUACUAACGCUGUCGAAGACCAGUAUCCUCAGCCACGAGCGACGACGACGACUAAACCUUUCUUUAACACGUAUAUUCCGGGGAAUAAGAACACAUCGGAAAUCGGCGGUCAGUUGUCGUCUUCUGCAUCAGAAAAUAUCCAAAAUAAGCAAUAUACCUCUGAACCAAAACCGGUACUACCACCGAAUCAGGAUAAGAUGCCCCCUCAACAGUUGAACGAUCAAUGUCGAAAGAGACCAUCGAUCGCCGUGACAAUUAAGUUAUCGGACGAUUCGCACAACGUUGCCACCACGAAGAUCGGAAUUCCAGAACGGAAUUCUAGCAUAACUUUCUCUGAUAGCAGUUCGUCACUAUGGAAACGCCAAAGAAUUUCAUCGAACUCAUCAUCGUCCAAACAGGAAUAUGACGUGACGUCGUCCAUAUCGGCAACGAUGACGACGAACACUUCAGCAACGACCACGAAGACGAACACAAUAACUACCGCGACCGAUAAUUAUACAGAUGAACCGCCGAAGCCGUCAACGAGCAACUUAGACAAAUCGUUAAUUAAUCUGGACCUCAAACGUCGAAAGCGAUCGUCAAACACCGUACCAAGCGAGAUAUCGGACCAUUCGCACGACGUUACCACCACAUCGUCGACCCUAGACCGGAAUUCUAGCACAACUACCUCAUCAAGUUAUAGUGAAAGGGACGACGUAGAUGAUGAUGAUUACGAUCUUAACGUACCGCUGUCAAAGACCACCUUGAUGUUAAUGUCCGAAACGGAAAUACCAGGUGACUGCAGGAAAAUGAAUUAUUUCAGUUUUGCAACUCAAGGUAUAAAACUCGAAUCCGAAAGUAGUUCCAUAUUAUUUUGGUAUGAAAAUACCAAGGCUCAAUUUGCAGCUAUGGAUUUGAACAAUCCACUAAAUCAAAGAUUUAAACCACAACAAUAUAAACAUUUUGUCAGUAUUCCGAACCAUUCAAAAUUUUGUGAGGAUCAGUUAUUGAAAAACGAAAAUUCAUAUGUUUCAAAUGAUAAAGUACCGGAGAUCAAAGCACCCAUCGGAAUGCUAAAUUUGUAUCAGAUUAUUCAAAAAUUCGAACACGAACAUAAUUGUGAAUUUAUAUUUUUACCAUCCUCCAUUGGUAAAGAUUUAAUAUAUUACACCGAAAACGCGGACCUGGGUUUAGAUCCAUCGCACACAGUCAGUAAUAAUGUCAUGGAUGUUUUGCGUUAUCCCUUGCGAUAUGGUCUUAUACCGGCGAUAUAUGGGAUAGAUCUUGAAAUGUUUCUAGCAUCUGUUUUCUUAAAAUAUAAAUUUGAUUCCGAAUCUACACGUCGCCUUAAGACUAAAACUCUUGAAGGUAAGGUCACAUUUAAAUUCAUAGAAGGUGAAAUCGAAGCAUUAGUCUUCGACUAUUGGAGCCGAUCUACCGUCGAUCUUAUAAAUUACGACGAAAGCGUCUCUAGACCGGAUUUAAAAGACCUACUUCAGUAUUUGUUCAGGAAAUUGUACGGUACGACCACGGUUGUCCAGAAAAAUGAAGUCGCUUUUUUUUUGUGGAAUUUAAGAAAAUUCGCAAAGUUUGAUCUGAGUAAAGACAUCAUAUCGACAAACUGUCUAUAUUUUCUUAAAACACAUAUAUCGACUGUCUGGCCAGAGAUCUCGCACAACGACAUGAUUCUGUGGAGCAUUUUUUUUAACGAAAUGAAUGUGCACCAUCUCUUGAGGGAACAUACCAUUUCAACGAUGUUCAAAACAUUAGAUCAUCGUUUCGAAUUUAUUAUGAGUAAGGCUGCGCAAGUGCGUGCACUUCGCAGAAAACCAUUUCCCGACGUUAAUCUGUGGAGGUGCUUGUACACCGCUUUCGUUUCCAAGAAAUAUCACUACUUUGCUAAAAAAUAUGUAAUCUGUGUUUUAUCAUCAUUCUUCAAAUCGCACAUCGACGUCGACAGUCAGCUGUGCAUCGCGAUUGAUAAUUUUUAUUAUUAUCACAUUUUUUUGUUAUCGCGAUACUCAAUCUUGCACAACAUCGACAUCGAAACCAGAAUAUUGACGUCUACGGCGGUCCAAGGAUUCCUUGAUAAACAACGUGACCCUUCCUUGCAAAAAUAUUGUCAGUCGUACGGGAUAUCACACCCGUCAAAGCGUAUGCGAUCUAAGAUGGUUUCGUGUUUUCGCCGGUUGUACAUUCGAGACAGUGAUAAGUUCGAGGCCGAGUUUAAGAUCACUAAGUUUGAUGAGUCCUUGUACCAGUCGCUGAAUGAGUUGAUCUGCGACCGGAUGAUCUGCACGCUGUCAACGGUGAUUGAUCGCGAAGGUCGAUUUUCACCAAAGGGCUACGCAAAGCUGCAUCCGCGCCAGGUAGUUGACAGUGAAGGUUCACCUCCUCCAAAUCGCUUGUGUUGUUACGCAUUUGCUAGAUCGUUGUAUGCGCUCAUGUACGGUCUGAAUAAGAGAGAAAGUGUAUCAAUGAAAUGCGUUGAACUCAAUUGUAAUUUCAAACAUGAUGACAAAGACUACUACAAAUCGUUGAAUCAGACAACGUCAUUGAAAACAAAUUAUCUAAAAAAAAAAAAAAAUACGUAAAAUAUAUCA